AUGUCAGACUUAGGUCUUGGCUGUGGUAUAUCCCAGUACACUAGAAUAGAAACGAAAGGCCAACUUAUAACUCAAACAUGUAUAGACCACGUAUUUACGCGGCUCGCCUCCGCUAUGCCUGUAUACACCGCAACUAUAAAUGAACCUAUAGCCGACCAUAGGAUAAUAGCAUGCACGAUUAUGUGCGCGAGCGCAGUUGACGUGCAGCGACAAGGUCACCGGCCCCGCGUGAACGAUAAUUCAAAGGCAUCGCGACUUAUUACAAUAUUUAAUAACAAGAAUGUAUCACAGCAACUAAGUCAGGAGGGAUCUGUGUAUCAAUACGCAGAUGAUACAUGUAUCAUUGUCGCUAAUCGGGACGUGCGGGCGGCCGAGCGCAUGAUGCAAGCCAACUUCGACACCCUAUGCAAAUGGGCGCAUGAUUUAGGGCUGGUGAUAAAUAUUAAAAAAACGAAGGCCAUGCAUAUUCAUUCUGCUCACAAUAAAGCAGAAUAUAAAGCUCAUAUAGUUGCGCAUGCGCACGACUGCUUGCACGGCAGGAUACAACAUUGCAUUUACUCGGAACUCGAGGAGUUGGGUGAGCAGCUGCCCCGGUACCGGCCAGACUCGAUAGCAGCGCUGCGAAGGCUGACACGCUUCACGGAGCCCGAGCUCAAGCGGCUGUACCGGGGAUUCAAGGCUGAGUGCCCCACCGGCGUGGUGCGGGAAGAAACAUUCAAGCUUAUUUACUCGCAGUUCUUCCCACAGGGCGCAAACACGGCGCAGUACGCACACUACGUGUUCAACACAUUGGACCAAGAUCGAAGCGGAUUGUUAAGUUUUGAGGAAUUUGUUACGGGUCUAUCCAUACUAUCAAGAGGUACUUUAGAAGAGAAACUGCGGUGGACCUUCUCCUUGUACGACAUAAACGGCGACGGAUUCAUAACGAAGGAAGAAAUGACAGAAAUCGUCACUGCGAUUUACGACCUCAUGGGUAAAAUCGUGGAGCCUAUGGUUGACGAGGAAGUUGUUCGGGAUAAAGUGGAGAGGCUAUUCCAGAAAAUGGAUUCAAACCGCGACGGCGUGUUAACCUUGGACGAGUUCCUGGACUGCUGUGUGCGAGACGAAGGCAUUUCUCGGUCCAUGGGUGUUUUCGACAGCAACUUCUGACGCCCUGCGAACGCGCGUGCUCUAAGACGACGCCGUGCAGUAUAACACUGUUACACUCUAGCUGCAGUUCGCACAAUCUGACUCGGCCGGGCUGAAGUUUGCUCACAGAUAACUUAAAAUUCUUAAAAGCAACCGCGUAUGCCACUCGUAACUUCGCUACUUCAGACCGGCUAAAGAUCGCGCUUACUGCACUAUUAUCCAAAAUAAUAUAAAUUUACGAAGUCUAGUUUGAUUACAAUGACAUGGCAGUAACGGAGGGCUUCGAUGAAAGCAAAAACCAAACUAAUAAAUAGAUUAUAUACAUCUACAACUUACACCAUGCUCCUAAAUAAAAUUUCUUUAGAGAUAAGAUCUUUUGAAUUUCCUAGGCUUUUAAAUGAGGGCCUCUUUCUUCUACUUACAACGUAAGCUGCGUUCAUGUUUGCGUCCUACGUGCAACCAAUCACAAGUCUUGAAUGAACGCGUGCGUUUGUGAUUUGUUGUUCGCUGUACGCAAUCUUGAACGCUUCGACUUUAGAGUUGUUACAUCUUAUGUUAUAUCAAUCAUUAAGCUGUGGCUAUACCCAUCCCUAAUGGUUUUUGGUAAAUUUUGAAUAGUUAUCUAUAAAAUUAUGUGUGAUCGAUCUGAGUUUUGAAACAAAAUGAGUAAAUCAAUAUUUAUUUAAUUAGUUAUGUCGUUUAACUUGCUUCUUUGGUAUAAAUGUACCAAAUGAUCUUGUCAUGUAAUAAUUAUUUAUCGAUGGAAAUUAUACCUAUAGGUACCUAGAGUAUCCAAAUGUGAAUAAAUUUAAGUAAAUUUCGUAACAACUACAACAUGUGUACAUAUAUGUGUUAUGGUGUGAAUACAAUUGGUACCUACUGAAAGUAUUUUGAAUCGGUGCCAUAAUAAAAUAAAUAUUUGUAAAAAACCUAGCUACGGGUAUAUUUCCGAUAAGUACGUAGGAUUUAAAAAUGGAAUUCCUAUUUCAAACUAGGAAUUUGAACUUCAGUUCGAUUAAAAAUCUAUCUUCUGACUAUCAUAGAAUUAGGUAAAAACUAAACUUUUUCAUAGAAAUCUAAUCUCACGAACUUGAAACUCUUUAACUACCUAAAUAUUUAAAUCUUCUAUUUCCAAAGACCAUAAUCCAUUAUCAACACAACCUCACCUAAUACUUAGCGACCUUAACUUGAAAACCGUGUAAAACUGACGUGCUAAUAGAAAAGGUGAAUUUUGACCUUUUCCAGAACUGUCGCCUUUCGUCUGUUACUUUCAAAUAAUGCAUUUCCCAUUAAUAGACGACCGGUUGGCAACUAGAUACUGAAUCGGGUGGCUGGUUGAUAUUAACGAUUUAAAUAUAUAUACAUUUCUUCUCUAUGAAUAAACGAGAAUCUUCUUACUCUUUACGUUAUGUGGGGUCGCCAAAACAUCUUCAGGCUUGAAGACAGACUCGGAUUGGUUUUGCCAUAAUUUUUAUGACCGUUCGCCUGCCUGACGUCACGUCUCCGGCACUGAAUAAAUAAACUAACCAAAAUAAAAUGAGCUAUAAUUUGGAGGACCCUAAAACGUUUUGGAAUUAUGUCAAUCCAGAAGCUAUGAAUAAUUUAUAACUUAAUUAUUACUGUGGUGAUGUUGUAGUUUUAAAAAUGAUAAGUUCUUAAUAAUACCUAUACGAUUAAUCGUUUCGGAUAAUAAUUAUUUCUACAUGUGAAUUAAUUUAGCCGCUGUGUGCCUCGAGAUAUAUUGCUGACUGCAGCACCUCGGAGUCUCAGAUUAAAAAAAGACUCGCAACCUUCCUAUUUUAACGACCGAUAAUUGAAUAACAUAAUGAGUGGGUAAGUCGUUGCGAUUAUAUACCUCUCUUUGUUGCACAUUAAGUUUCACAGCCUUAAUCAUUACUUAUUUCCUAACAAGUUGAAUAUAAAGUUGUCGGUUAUUAUAUCUAUCUUUUUCGUGACGAUCUAACCUGGUGCUGUAGCCGCUUUUCAAAUUUGUAUGGACAGUGCCUCGAGUGUGCUCUAAGCGGUUAACUUGAUUUCACCCUAUGUGUCUAUAAUAAAUGUGUAGAAAAGCCAUCAAACAACGUAAUGGCUGUGUAAAUCGUAGAUAUUUAUGUAUUAAAAUAUGUAGAUAGAUAUGAAAGUGUUUAUAAUGAUUCUUCUUCAAAUGAUGUAAUUUCCACUUGAUCCUCAUCAAAUAAUGAUCAUUAAUAUGUUUUCACUGUGAAUGUGUGUACCUCUUAACCUCCAAUCCUAUCCGAUUUUUGUCCGACUGUUGGAAGGUGUAAAGAGUGCUUAACGAAAUAUUUAAAUUCUAUUCCAGCUAGGCUUUUACCCUUAUUUUAAAUUAUUCCGGCCAUUUUUAAAUAGAAUUUUUAGGAGUAAUAGUUCAUUUAAGAGAUAAUGUAAUAUUCAGUUAUUGCUGUAAUAAUUUAAAAUAACUAGAUUAGUUACCUAUGAUAAAUAUCUCAUGUCAUGCUUUUAUCCUCAUACCUACUCUCUCUAAAACCAUCAGCGAUUAGACAACCGCAGGGUAAUUACGUAUCCCGCGACAGGCGUAUUGCAAUCACUGCUUUCACUGCUG